GGCGCGGCGGCACCUGGGCCGCGGGAGAGCUGGGGGUGGGCUCUCGGGGGACAGCAGGCUGCCCCCCAGAUCCGCAGCGCCGGCCGCCGGGAGCUCCGGGCUCCGGGCGCAGAGGCUGCGCUGUCACAUGGGCGGCGGCGACGGGGCCGCAUUUAAGCGGCCAGGGGACGGCGCCCGCCUGCAGCGUGUCCUCGGGCUCGGCUCCCGGCGGGCGCCCCGCUCCCUGCCCUCCGGGGGCCCCGCACCACCCCCGGCGGGCCAUGCGAGCGCGGGCCCCGCCGCGAUGAGCUCGCACAUCGCCAAGAGCGAGUCCAAGACGUCGCUGCUCAAGGCGGCGGCGGCGAGCGGGGGCAGCCGGGCUCCCCGCCACGGCUCUGCACGGGACCCCGCGCUGCGUGGCCGCCGACUGACCGGUCCCUGCCCCAGCUCGCCGCCACCGUGCGGGGACCCCAGCUCGCGGAGGCCCCUGUGCCGGCCCUUGCCACGCGACGAGGGCGCGCGCGGGAGCCGGCGUGGGCUGCCCCAGGCGCACUGCAGGCCCCGGGAGACGCUGCCGCCGGCCCGCGGGAGCGAUGGGGAGGAACGGGGGCUGGCGCCGGCGCUCGGUCUACGGGGCUCCCUGCGAUCGCGGGGUCGCGGGGACCCGGCUCCCACCGGUGCCCCCGAGGCGGACCCGUUCCUCCACCGACUGCACCCCAUGCUCAGCUCCGCCUUCGGCCAGGACAGAUCAUUACGGCCAGAGGAGAUCGAAGAGCUUCGAGAGGCCUUCCGAGAAUUCGACAAGGACAAGGACGGCUAUAUCAACUGCCGGGACCUGGGGAACUGCAUGCGUACCAUGGGCUAUAUGCCCACUGAGAUGGAACUCAUUGAAUUGUCCCAGCAGAUCAACAUGAACCUGGGCGGCCAUGUGGACUUCGAUGACUUUGUGGAACUAAUGGGACCUAAACUCCUGGCAGAGACAGCAGAUAUGAUUGGUGUAAAGGAACUGAGAGAUGCCUUUCGGGAGUUCGACACCAAUGGUGAUGGGGAGAUAAGCACCAGUGAGCUGCGAGAGGCCAUGAGGAAGCUGCUGGGUCAUCAGGUGGGACACAGAGACAUCGAGGAGAUUAUCCGUGAUGUGGACCUCAAUGGAGAUGGACGAGUGGACUUUGAAGAGUUCGUCCGGAUGAUGUCCCGCUGAGGCCUCCAGGGCUUCUCCAGGACUGCCAACUCCCACUUGCUGGGAAAAGAGCCGAGCGCGCCUCGCUCGCUCCGCAGUAGAUGCCCAGAGCCCAGGAUGUACUGGCGGAUGGGGCCUGCCUGCACCCCGGGGAGGUGCCCACCCCGGAUCCCCACCCCUCCGCACUGUGAAAGACUCACAACUCCUGCAACUGGAAAGGGGCGCCCACCAGCGAGGAGGCCACAGUGCCAAGCCGCUAGAGGACGUGCAAGGCGCCAAGUGCCAUGUGCCCAGUCGCUGGGUGGGCCAGGGAGCCCGCCAGCAGACCCCACACAGCAUGUCUGCCCCGGGGCAGAGCCUUUCAGCGCCCUCCUGAGCUCUAUGCCCGUCCCAGCUCGCCUAGCCCUUUGAUCUCAGAACCAAUAAAAAACGAGAAUGUCA